CGAAAAUUCUGCAUUUCCUGCUGUUGGGGGGUUCCCGGUGUUCUCAGCCCCUUAAACCUAUUGGAGGCUUCUGGGAAUAGUUGGGUGCCAUGUGCAGUCUUUGGCUUGCUAGUAUCUUCAAUCAUCCGUUUGUUCCUGGACUCUACGACUCUCAACUUUAUCUCCAAUAACUGGGAGCCUUGUGGAGAACUUUGGAGAAUCCUUGCCUUGUUCUAUUACCCUGCGCUGUACUACCCUCUUCUGGCAUGUAACAGACUGGAAGGUCCAAGGUCUCAAAAGGCUGUAGGGUACAGUGUGGGCACUAUCCUCUCCUGGAUGCAUUGUGGAGCAUUAAUAUGGCAGAAGGUAGAAUGUCCACAAUCACCACAGUACUACAGAUAUUACUCCCUAUUGUCAACCUUGCCG